UGCCCUUUUUUAUGUUUAGAUCCAUCCUCUUUUCUCUUUUUUAUGUGUUGUAAUAUGUUUUCUUUCAGAGCUAUGGUAUUUUAGUUCCAUACAUAUUAGUAACUCAGUUUAUUUGUGAGGAAAAAAAAUGUUUAUGUCAUAACUAGAUCUCUUUGCAUUGUCAAGGCUAUAAGUAAAUUAGUUGUGAAAACAGAAUGGUAUAGUGCUGCUGAAGAUAUAAGAUGCAGAUUUUGAAGUGAAGGGCAAUUGCUAUAUAGAGCUAGAGGCUUUGAUCCAUUAGUUCUUCUAUUCUUGUUUUUAGCUUAUUUUGAGUAAGCGAUAACAUUCGAUGUCCUGGUGGCUGUUUGACGAAGCUUCACUAGAAUAUAUCGUUAGUUAACAACAUUUUAUUGAAUUUGGUCUUUUGAUGGGCUGCUUUCACUCAAAAAUCUGCCGAUUCAGUACCCCUGGUUACGAGGAUCCAACACUGCUUGCUGCUGAGACAGCUUUUACGGUGAGUGAAGUUGAAGCAUUAUAUGAGCUGUUCAAGAAAAUAAGCAGCUCUAUAAUUGAUGAUGGACUAAUUCACAAGGAAGAAUUUCAGCUGGCAAUUUUCAAGAACCAAAACAGGAGAGAUCUUUUUGCAGACAGGAUUUUUGAUCUAUUUGAUUUCAAGCGCAACGGAGUGAUUGGAUUUGGAGAAUUUGUCAGAUCAUUGAGUGUGUUCCACCCAAAUGCACCAGUAGCAGAUAAAAUUGCAUUUGCAUUCCGAUUAUAUGAUCUAAGGCAGACUGGUUAUAUUGAGAGAGAAGAGCUGAAAGAGAUGGUUUUGGCGCUGCUGAAUGAGUCAGACUUGAUUCUUUCGGAUGAUAUAGUUGAAAUGAUUGUAGAUAAGACAUUUGAUGAAGCAGAUAAAAAGAGUGACGGGAAGAUAGAUGAAGAAGAAUGGAAGGAGUUUGUUUUAAUGAAACCCUCUCUUCUAAAGAAUAUGACCCUUCCAUAUCUCAAGGAUAUAACUUUAGCAUUUCCUAGCUUUGUGAUGAACUCUGAGGUGGAAGACUCGGAAGUCUAGACUCAUGCUUUUAGCAUAUAACACGCGUAGUUGAAACUCCAACGUAUCAGGUAUCUUCCAAACUAGUAAUGCAACAGAAAUGCAAAAGAGUCGAGAUUAAUCAGAAUUUGCAUUGAAAUUUUGGAAGUUGGCUACACCAGAUUGAUGCAGAAAAUCAGUUCUUUUGCCAGCUCCAAUUGGCAUUAGCAAGAUGUACUACUUUUAAAGGAUCUAGCUAGUCUGUUGGAGUUAGAUAUCAAGGUAGUAUUGUUCAUAUUUCAAAUGAAAGUCGAAGUUUUGUUCAAAUGUAAUAAACAAACAUGAAUUUCAAAUUUGACAUCCAAAUUGCAUGAUCAAACGGA